GUGUCAUCACUGACACAAGGAAGAUGGGACAAAGUAAAACAAUUACGAUGGGAGGGAUUUCUGUGAUACUGUGUAAAAUGACAUUCAGUUAUGAGACAUCAAGACAGAGGAGCUUACUGAGGUUCCUGACGUGUAUGGGACGUGAACUGCGUUAGGAUGAAUACAGUAUCUCCUUCUACAUUCUACAAGGAGAAGGCAUCAAACUAUGAAUUAACUGUGAAGAUCAUAAAAGUUCAGAACAUCCAUGGAGCAGAUAUUGUGAGCAAACCGGACUGCUACAUAUGCUUGUGGCUUCCAACGUCCUUGGCGGAUAAGAAGAGAACCAAGACCAUUUGGAAUAAUGUAAACCCAGUCUGGGAUGAAACGUUUCACUUCAGAAUCCACAGCCAGGUUAAGAACAUCCUGGAAUUGUCUGUGUACGAUGCAGACGUAGGGACAGUAGAUGACCAUCUGUUCACCGUGAGCUAUGACCUUGCAAGUCUUCCACUCAAUGAAAACGUGGUGGAAAACUUCACUCUCAAUAAAGAGUUUCAGGUCGAGCUUCAAGUGGAAUUUAAUCUCGUUGUAAUCCCAGAAUCACAUAAAAAAGUCACCACUAAUGGAGUCCUGGUGUGUCCUGAGAUGGUGGCUCUGGAAGUAGAAGUGCAGAAACAAAGGAGAGAACCCUUUAAAAAGAAAACGGAGCUUGCUCUCUCUGUACAAGGCUCCUUCGAAGAUUCACACCGGAUAUUACUGAAGUCAAACUCCGGUCAUGAGCUCAAUUCAUGCGAGACUGCGUAUUUCCAUUUUCCACGAGACCUGGGAACAGAAAUGACAGCUAACCUGAGCAGAGUUUACUCCUCUUACGACGUAACCUUUACCAAUGAAACAGAAAAUGAUGGUUCAAACCAAACCACCGUACCACUCAGUUUAAUAUCUCCUAUGGAGAAUUACAUUGAUGUCCAAGUACCUGCAUUGGAAGGAAAGCCUUUGGACAUGCAGAUCAGAUUAAAUGAAUGCCCAGAAAAGCUUGAUAUGAGGCUGGGGUUCGAUUUAUGUGAUAAAGAGAAAAUAUUUCUUGAAAAACGCCAAAGACUGGUAGCGGACACGUUGAAAAAAGUACUGCAGUUGGAAGAGGAUUUGGUCGGUGAAGAGAUUCCAGUUGUGGCAAUCAUGGCAACAGGUGGAGGAGCCCGCGCUAUGACCUCUUUGUACAGUCAUUUGCAUGGACUUCAGAAGAUGGGUCUGCUGGACUGUGUUACAUACAUAGCAAGUGCAUCUGGUUCCACAUGGACGACAAGCAAACUGUAUGAGGAUCCUAACUGGUCACGAAAGGAUCUGUCUGAGGCCAUAAACAAUGUAAAGAAGCACGUGACCAAAAAUAAGAUGAACACCUUCUCACUGAGCCGUCUUAAAUACUAUCGCAAUGAGCUCCAGCAGGCGAGCAAAGACGGCCUGAAACCCUCAUUCACUGACCUUUGGGGACUAAUGAUUGAAUCAAUGUUCAACAAUGGGAGAAAUGAGAGCAAGCUUUCCGAUCAACAACCAGCCUUGGACAAUGGUCAAAACCCAUUACCCAUUUACCUUGCUAUGAAUGUGAAACAAAACACCAUCAGCACAGUGGAUUUUAAAGAGUGGUGUGAAUUUACGCCUUAUGAAGUAGGACUCCUCAAAUAUGGCGCCUUUAUCCGAACAGAGGAUUUUGGGAGUGAAUUCUACAUGGGGCACUUGAUGAAGAAACACCCAGAACAACGUAUUUGCUUUCUACAAGGUUUAUGGGGAAACGUCUUCUCCUUGAAUUUAGUGGACACUUGGUAUUUAACAACACAACCGGAUACCUUCUGGGAGACGUGGGUUAAAGACAGAAUUAAGGAUAUUGACAAAGAAGAUAUCCUGGUGAGGAGAGAAUCUGCGCAGACAAAAACCCAUCUGUUCACCCCUGCUGGUACUUUCAGUCGCAUUUGGAAGGGGUUAUUGACCAACAGGCCCAUAGAUGGGGAGCAAUACAAUUUCUUGCGGGGACUUUACUUACACAAAGAUUAUCAUCAGCAGCCACAGUUCAACACAUGGAAAGAUUGUGAUUUAGACAACUUUCCUAAUAAGCUCACACCACUUGCUGACAAUCUGUGUCUUGUGGACGCUGGUUAUUUCAUUAAUGCCAGUUUUCCGCCUUUACUCCGAACAGAGAGGAAAGUCGACGUCAUAAUAUCUUUAGAUUAUACGCUAGACACCCCCCUUCAGUCUGUGGAACAGACGUGUAAUUACUGCACGACACAAGGUAUUGUAUUCCCUAAGGUAUCGCUGAGUGAGGAGGAGAGGAAGACACACAAGGAGUGCUAUGUUUUCAAUGAAAAAGAUAAUAAUGCGUGUCCUAUUGUACUUCACUUCCCCCUUGUGAAUGAGACUUUCAAAAAAUUUAAGGAACCAGGUGUAUUAAGAUCUCCAGAAGAAAUGUCAGAUGGGAAUGUGGAUGUUACGGGAGCCUUUUCCCCCUAUUUUCUAACAAACUUUACUUACAGUGAGCGGGACUUUGACAGAUUGAUGAAACUAACCCAGUACAACCUCUCAAACAACAGAGAGUUAAUCCUAGAUGCUCUGCGCAUUGCAGUACAGAGCAGGAAAGCGAGGAAUCUUUCGCAUGAAGUUCAUCAAGUGCAAAAGAAGACUUAACACCUGGAUUCCAACAAUUGGAAGCUCGUAGCAGCAUUUUCACGGGACUCGGUUGGAAAUACAUAUUUAAAUCUUACAAAAUAUAGUCAACUCAUGUGAA